GAUUUGUCCGGCUGGUGGAAGGGAAGAGCCGCUGCUCAGGAUGUGUGGAGAUCUGUGAUGGUGACCUGUGGAAAACUGUCUGUGACUCACACUUUGGACCCGAAGCUGCUGACGUGGUCUGCAGGGAGUUGCAGUGUGGUGUGGCCCUGCCCGUCGCUCAGGGAGCUCACUUGGGAGAACGGGUUGGUCCCACGUGGGAUGGAGAGCUGCAGUGUGUGGAGAAUGAAUCCCUCCUCGACUCCUGCCCCAGGGGCUCCCCCAGGGACCAGCCCUGCACCCACGCGAACAGCGCUGUUGUCACCUGCACAUGCGCUGCGGAGGUGAGGCUGGCGGAUGGUGGCAGGCGCUGUGCUGGGAGAGUGGAGGUGAAACAUGAGGGCCAGUGGGGCACCGUGUGUCAUGAUGACUGGGACAUGAACGAUGCGGAAGUGGUUUGUAAGCAGUUGAACUGCGGGUCUGCUGUUGGAGCUCCUCAGUAUGGACACUUUGGUCCAGGAUCUGGCCCCAUUUGGAUGGAUGAGGUUGACUGUAAAGGCUCAGAGUCUACCCUGUCUGACUGCACACAUGAAGGAUGGGGUGAACAGGACUGUUAUCACAUUGAAGACGCUGGAGUGAUGUGUUCAGGGGAGGUCCAGGUGCUGGGCACCUGGGGGACCCUCUGUGCCUCCGGCUGGGAUCUCUUGGAUGCCCACGUUCUCUGUUGUCAACUUGACU